CUGCCUCCCCGGAAGCGGUCUGGGUGGCGGAGCGGGCAGUCCCCUCGGGCCGCCAUGCCGCUGCGGCUGCUCCUGCUCCUGCUGCUCCUGGCGCUCUGCGCCGCCGCCCGAGCCCAAGCUGACGGGCAGAACUCAGAGAAAACAGAGUCCACCAAAACUUCCACAGGCGGUGGGGCAGCCUCCCAGCAUGAACCACAUAAUGGCCAGGAAACUCAAGGGGAUCAGCACCUGGAUACAUCCAGAGAGACUGAAGAGCACCGCUCCGGAGCGCAUCAACCCAAUGGUGAAAAGACCAAAUCGAACACAAACGAGGGAGAGAAGAUGAAGGACCCGAAGGGCACGGGCACGUCUGGCAACGGCAACAGUGUGGGGAAUCAGAGCAGCAGCCAGGGUGGCAAUGGUCAGAGCAACAGUCAGGCUGGCAAUGGCAGUGACAACCAGAGCAACGGCGGUGCCAAUAACAAGGGCAAUGGCAGAGACACUGGUCAGCACGACAGCAGCGGCCCCGGUACAGACCAGAACAGCAAUGACCCCGGUGAGCAGACCAACGGAAACCCCAGUAACCAGGGCAACCAUGACCAGAGCCAGGACGGCAACCCAGGCAGCAGCGACACAAACCAGGAGCGCAACACCCAGAACCAGAAUGAGAAUGGGCAGGGCGAGAAUGAGGGCAGUAACAAGGAGAAGCAGAGCAACAAGAACCAGGAUGGCAACAAGCAGGAUAAGGAUGAUCACGGGGACCAGGGCAACAAUCAGGACAACACUGACAACAAUCAGGACCAGGGCAGCAACGGGGACACCAACAAUGUACACAAGGAGAACAGGAAUGAGGAGAACAGGAAUGAGGAGAACAGGAAUGAGGAGAACAGGAAUGAGGAGAACAGGAAUGAGGAGAACAGGAAUGAGGAGAACAGGAAUGAGGAGAACAGGAAUGAGGAGAACAGGAAUGAGGAGAACAGGAAUGAGGACAGUGAGGUUGAGAACCAGGACAGUAACGACGAGAACCAGGGUAACCAAAUGGACUCACAGAGAGAUAAAAGUUCACCACAACCAGCUUCCUCCCCUGCUGAGAGCGAUGGCUUUUUAGUUAAUGAAGAAAGCCCUGAAGAGGAUGAGGCUAAAGAAGGCAAUGAUGUCUCUUCCUUUAGUAAGGAGAGAGAGAAGAAUGUUCAUUCUCUCCCCAGGGACCAGUCAGAGAACAGCCACUUCUUUGCCUACCUGGUGACCACAGCUAUUAUUGUUGCUGCUUUAUACGUUGCGUAUCACAACAAACGCAAGAUCAUUGCUUUUGCUCUGGAAGGAAAAAGAUCAAAAACUGGUCGACGGCCCAAAUCUGGUGAUUAUCAGCGACUGGAUCAAAAGAUCUAGAUUCCUCCUCGGAUAUUCAGUGGAAUAAUGACGGCUGGUGAUGACAACGCAGGCACGUGGGGACUCCCCCGCUGUAGCUCCCCGAGUUGCAGCUGUGCUGCCGUGUUCAGAUUUCAGACAACAGGAAGAAGGGGAAAUGCUUUUCAUUUUGCACCUGCACCUUGGUAACGUUAAACCUCUCACUUCCUUGAAACGCCUUUCUCCUUUCCCAGCUGCCUGAAGAUGAACUCGUUUUCCACUUGGGCUUCUGACCCAGGGAAAGCCAAUGCCCAGCACUUGACAGAACUUAUGUGUCCAAAUGAAGUGGAAUUUGCUGUCUACUGUACUGAUGUCUCCAAUAAAUGCGCCUGUGAAAUGAGCCAU